AUGGAUCUCUCGACAGGUGCAACCGAACGCAAAGGAUCAGUGCACCAUGAUACCCAUGCCACGCCGCCUCAGUUCAUCCAGAGGGAGCAUUGGCGUUACCAAAGCAUGCGCAGAGCCGACUUGGAGAAUGAUCCAAACAUUUUUGACCUGAAUAAGCGCCACGAGUUUGACCAAGAUCGCAAAGAUAUCUGGCGCUCUGCAGGUGUCGUUCCUGCAGCUCAGAUCGAAGCUGCUUGCCAGGCUUACGCAGGUGGUAAACCACUAUCGGUACCUGCAGAAGACGCGCAGAUCUUCGAACACCGCGAUUUCCCCGGCCUGCAGGUCAUUUCGGGACUUCUCCCUCCAGAGACACAAGUCUUGUUCACGUCAUGCUUGAUGCAUAGAGAUUUGGCUGAUCCCGGACACAAGAUCAACCUUCAGGCCGACUAUGACAUUCCUUAUCCAUCCCAACCCACGUCAGAGGCAGUACGGUUCGACAGUAGCUUUUUCCUUCGCGAACGAUCUGCCCCAAAAGACUCACUUGUGCCAAAAGCAUCCGAAAAGCAGAAGCUCUUGAACAACGAGCAGUUCUUGUACACCAAACUUCGAUGGCUUACUCUUGGAGAACAGUAUGACUGGCCAACUCGCAGCUACGCGAAGCACGCUACCCCGUUUCCUGCAGACUUGUCCCGGCUAGUGACUGGUCUUUUCCCUCACAUCCGGCCAGAGUCUGGCGUGGUCUUGGUGUACUCGGCCAAAGACUUCAUGCCUGUACACCGCGAUGUUAGCGAACAAUGCCAACGUGCGCUUGCGAGCUUUAGCGUCGGGUGUGACGGCAUAUUCAUCAUGGCAAGAGGAGAGGACGAUGGAGAAGGCGACAAUGCGCCGAGGAGUGUCGCCAUUCGAGUCCACAGCGGUGACGUCGUGCAUCUUACAGGCGAUGCACGAUGGGCCUGGCAUGCAAUGGCACGCUGUAUCCCCAGCACAUGCCCUCCCCAUCUAGCCAAUUGGCCAGUCGGCACACCUGGCUCAACCCCGGCGGAAGAAAAAGCCUACAAGAAAUGGAAGGGCUACAUGGGUACUAAGCGCAUCAACGUCAGUUGUCGACAGGUUUGGGAUUAG